GUGAGAAGCUAUUUGGAAAAGAGGAAGAGAUCUCGAGAGUUUUCCCUAAGGCCCUUAAGCAUUGCUGCACGUGAUAUACAUUAAGCAAGAUAAGCCAAACGCACUUAUAAUGGAUAUCCCUUCCAUGGUAUGGUUACCUGAGCUGGAAAUGGAAGAGCCUAGUCGCAGCAUGAAACAACAUCAGCAACCAUGUCCUUAUUAUAGUGAUUCUGUAGAUUCAUUUUCUUCAGAAAGGUUCAAAGGUUAUCCCAAUAUGGUUACAGUAAACCAAUCUAUUCAAGUAUCCUCAAUCAAUGGAGAUCAAGACAAGCAACAAGAUUAUAGACCAACUAAGAGUAGUCCGUUUUCUCCAAGCUAUGGUUCCUUAUCCAACACUUUUACAAUAUCUUUCGGAGACCCUACAUCACCUCAAGAGACUAACCCAUAUCAAUUCUACCGAGGAUCCAAACUGAAAUACCUUGAUGCAGUGACACCUAAAGAGGAGAAGAAUCUCAACGAUUUUCUUGGAUCCGUUGAGGUUACCGGAAGGGUUCGGAGCACAAGAAGAAAUCAUAGACAAGCUCAAGAACAUGUCUUGGCAGAGAGGAAACGAAGAGAAAAGUUGGCUCAACGCUUCAUUUCUUUGUCUGCUCUCCUUCCUGGACUUAAAAAGAUGGAUAAGGCUUCUGUGUUGGAAGAUGCAAGUAAGUACAUAGUGCAACUUCAAACCCGGGUGAAGGAACUCCAAGAAACAUCAGUGAAGGGAAAAGAUAUCAUCCAUGAAUCAGUUGUUCCUAUAAGGAGAUCCAAGUUUAGUGGUCGUCAUGAAGACAAUGGUGCAUCUUCUUCUAAUGACACUAACUAUUUACCUAGUAGCAGCACUUACAAUCCGGAGAUCAAAGCAAGAACUUCUGGAAGCAAAAUACUUGUAAGAAUCUUCUGUGGGAGAAGUUCCGCACUAGUAUUGAAAACCCUAGCUGAGAUGCAGAGACUUCACAUUACCAUCAUUUGUUGCAGCGUUCUUCCCUUCUCCAACACUACUCAGUUAAUUACCAUCACGGCUCAGAUGAGUGAUGAGAUGGUCAUAACGAGGAAGUAUAUCGUGAAAUGCCUGAAAUUAGCUCUUAGUAAAUUCCCGUGACAUGUACUUAAUUUGAAGAUUCCUUGAAGAGGACUGAAGGUGCAAUGGUUCACCUGACCUCCCUUUUUCCAUGUAUUAUUUGUUAAAAUCUAAUAGUCUCAUAAAUGGGAUUUUUUCUAUUUAAGUGGUAUGCAGUAGGGAAAAAGAGGAUUUCGCAUGCAGCAAGAUUCUGGUUCAUUGACGCUUCAAACAUCUUAGCAAGAUCAUUUCGUGCAUUAUAUAGCUUAGGGAAUUUAUAUAGUAAAUUACUAUAUGCAACUACGAAAAAAAUACCUUUGUGAUGACAAAAGCCAUUGAUGUAUAUUACAAAAUCGAUGAGUAGACCUACUGUGACGGUUGUUAUUGCUAUAGGAUUUGUUGUAACCAUUUCUUAUUUGUAGCCUGUUGGAGCUAUACUUGUCGUCGCAGUCUGUGGUAAACUAUUGCGACGACAAUGCGUCCUCAUAUAUGUAAAGUUGAAA